GCCACAGGUGCCAGCAUGCAGCGGUGGGCGGGGCUUGCUGUCACUGGACGUGUCCGCUGUCAGCUGGGCUCAACAGGUCUGAAGCAGUGAGUUUCCAGCUGGUUCUGGUCAGAUCCAGAACCUCCUCAGCCCGACCAGAACCUCCUGUUGCAGGAUGUCCAGAGAGCCACUGAGUGUUCCGGACCUGCUGCUCUGUCUGGAGAGUUCGGAGCUGCAGGAGCUGGAGCGGGUCAGAACCGCCAUCAACCAGCAGCUGAGUUCAGACAGAGGGGGCGCUGUUCUGUCCUCACUGGUGGAGCGUUACCUGGACUCCUCCUCCUCUCAGGUGCUGCUGCUGCUCUCCUCCAUCAGGGAGCCUCACCACAAGGUGCUGCUGGAGAAGCUGAAUGAGGCGCUGACCCGACCCGGAAGCAGAGCGGCGGCCAUCGCCCUGCUGGGUCACCUGAUCCGGAAGCAGCCGCCCUGGAUCCACCACAUCAGCCAGGCACCGGUUCUGCCGACGCUGCUGCGCUGUCUCAAGACGGAUGGAGAUGUGGCGGUUCUGGUCAGCGGGGUUCUGGUCCUGGUCGCGCUGUUGCCCAUGAUCCCUCAGGCCGGGAAGCAGCACAUCUACGACUUCUUCGACGUCUUCGGUCGCCUGGCGUCCCGGAGCUACAGGAACCCCGGUCAGGUGAGCGCGGCGCACCUGGUGCACCUCCAUGCUGCCGUUUACUCGCUGUUCCACCGUCUGUACGGGAUGUUCCCCUGCAACUUCGUCUCCUACCUGAGGCUGCACUACGGCAUGAAGGAGAACCAGGACACCUUCCAGGAGCUGGUCAAGCCAAUGUUGGAACAUGUUCGGAUCCACCCAGAACUCGUGACCGGAACUCAGGACUCCGAACUGGACCCGUCCAGGUGGAGGAGCUGUGAGGUCCAUGACAUCAUCAUGGAGUGCUGCCGACUGUCUCUGGACCCGCUGGAGGACGCCUGCUGCCCCGCCCCCUCGCCUCACCUGGACCUCAGCCCCGCCCCCCAGGUCUGGCAGCCAAUCGGCAGCUCAGGAAGUUCAGUGGGUCAGCUGACUCUAAGCCCCUCCCACAUCCAGGCUGAUGAUGUCACAUGGAGCCCCUCCUCUCAAUGUGGAUUGGCCACGCCCCCUCCUGAGCUUGCAUCUCCAGGCCCCGCCCCCUCGCUGAGCAGGUGUACCUCCAUCUCAGGAGUGAAAUGUCCCUCACCUGACUCUGUACCUGUGACCACGCCCAGUGAAGGUAGCCACCAACCUGCCGGCGGCGUCCAGGUGAGAUCAGGUGUCUCUGUCGAGGAGCAGCGGGAAGAUGGCCGCUGUCUGUCCUCACAGGUGAAGCAGCAGCCAAUCAGAGCGCAGGAUGAGACGAGCCUGAGUCAUGUCGUCAACGACGUCACACCACCAUCUUCCUCCUCCCAGUUCCUCUUUCUUACUUCCACCACCAGCAGCAGUGACUCACCAGUUGACCCCGCCCCCUCUCCCAGCGGCCCCGCCCCCUCUGCUCCUGGCCCCGCCCCUCCCUAUGAGCAGCUGUUUGAGCUGGCUCUGCCUCACGCGGCCACACUCUUCAUCAGGAGGAAGACGCAGGAGACGCUGGCGAGCGCUGCAGGGCAGCAGCAACAGGUGGAGGAGGAGCGGAGCACCAUGUCUCCUCUGAAGGUUCUGGAGCAGAUGAUCAUUCAUGGGAGCGACGCUCAUGAGCGCCUCGGCAGGAGGUCGUCAGCGGGGAGCAGGUCGGACCGGAGUCACCUGGGAGGCCCCGCCCCCCAGGGGGAGGAGCUUCAGAGGAGCCAGCUGCUGCUGGUCCACAGCCGGCUUCAGUACGAGCGCUUCAAGCGCCAGCAGCACGCCAUCAGGAACCGCCGCCUGCUGCGUCGGGUCAUCAACGCCACGGCGCUGGAGGAGCAGGCGGUCGCCAUGAAGGCGCAGCUGGGCGUUCAGGACCAGGAGAUCCGCAGCCUGAGGUCGAGUCUGAGCGAAGAGCAGCGGCGCCUCAACCAGCUGCAACAGGACGGACGGACCCAAACGGACCACCUGCUGGACCAGAACCAGCAGCUGCUCCUGCAGCAACAGCGCCACCAGCAGGACAACCAGCAGCUUCAGAGCGACCUAGAGGACUGUCAUGGCCGGCUGAGGGAGCUGGAGGCGGAGCUCCAGGGAGCCAAUAGGAGGGCCAAACACGCUGAGCACCAGCUGACCCAGCUGGGCCUGAAGCUGUGCAGCAGUGAGCAGCAGCAGCAGCAGGUCUUCCUGCUGGACCAGCAGCUGGUCCUGCUGAGGGAAACCAACCGAGCUCUGAGCCAGCAGCUGGACGAAGCCGCCGCCCACAGCUGGACCGAGGAGGCCAUGCUGCGGCGCAGCGCGGGCAGCGACUUCCAGAGGCUGAAGGACUGCGACGUCCUGCAGAAACAGAAGCUGGAAGCAGCCGGACACAGAAUCACAGAGCUGGAGAGCCAGAUGGCCAGGAAGGACAAGCUGAUCCUGGAGCUGAAGAAGCUGCUGGAGGAAACCAAGAGCCACAGCAGGGCGGAGCUGUCGGCCUCAGAGAGUCGAUGUGUGGCCCUGAGGAGAGUCAGCCAGACGCUGCAGACUGAGAUGCUCCACCUGUACAGCCAGGUUCACCUGGACACUCACACAGGAAGUGACACGUGCACACGCAGCCCGCCUCUGGAUGCUGGCAGCAGAAACAGCCCUUCAGCUCAGGAUGGCUACAAGCCCCGCCCCUCUUCUUCUUCUGCUGUGGGAAUCAUAAAUGGUGCUGUGGAGACCCUCUCUUCCUCCUCGCCCCUCUCCGCCUCGCCCAUCGACUCCCCGCUGGCCGUCGGAUCUUUCCUGGAGCAACAAGCGCGGCGGCUGUUUGGGCCGAACAGCCAGAGCCUGGAGGAGGAGGAGGAGGAGGAGGAGGUCCCAGCAGGGAGCCCCCCUCUGGGUCAGGAGGUGGAGGAGGCCACCCUCCUCACUGGGAGUCCUCAGACGGAGCCUCCUGCUCCAGCUGCAGACCUGGAGCUCAGCGUCCGCCAGCGGAGAGACGAGCUCAGCAUCAUGGACUACAACGAGUCGCUGCCCGAGUUCUGAUGGAGGAGGGGGAGGGGUUCACCUGUAAGGGAACCUGGACCUCAGGUGAGGGUCAGACUGGACCCUCCUGGAUCAACAGGAAGCAGAAUCACUCUCCACUUCCUGAAUCACUCUUAGGAAACAGAGAGCCAGAUUAGUGAGAUGUUGAGAUGUCAGACGGUUUCUCAUCGUGAUCAACUCUGCCGAUUCUCUCAGGUUUACGAUCAACCAAUCAGUGAUUGGGUGUUUUAUAUUGAUUGAUCUGUGAUUUUUCUGUUUCCACCUUUCUAAUCUGAAGAAUAAAGUCAACUGGAGCUUUA